AAACUAGUGGGAAAUCCUCUUAUUCCAAAAGUCCCAUCAAGACAGCUGCUACUUCCUUGUUCGCUCUCUUACCUCCUUUUCUUCUCUCCAGAGUCCAGACCCAUCACUUUUACUUUCCUUCUCCAUUGCCACUCUUUCCUCUUCUUCUUGGUCUUUCUUUUCCUAUUAUCUUCUAUUUAUCUGGGUGUAUCCCUCCGUUCUUGUAUAUAUGCAACAACUAAAAAGCAGAACUUGAGUUGCAGAGGGAAGAACUGAAGAAGAGAAUGUCUGACUAUAAAGCUGCGUUUCUGAAUGAUGAGCUCUCGAAACGGACCUCAAUCUUUGGUCUCCGCUUGUGGGUCAUUCUGGGUGUAUGUGUUGGAGCUGCCUUCGUUCUUCUUCUCUUUCUUAUCUCUCUCUGGGUCACCUCGAAACGGAAUAACACUUGCAAACACAAGUCCUCUCAGAAGCUCACAAUCCCUAAUGUUUCCAAAGAAAUUCAAGAAAUCAAAAUUGACCAUGCCCGGAAUACAAUUCACCAUCAGCAAGAUGCCAAGACUCACCAAUUUCCUCCCAACCCAUUACCCGAAUCCGAGCACAAUGGCUCAAUUGAGCGCCAAGCCUUGCUCUUCCCUGCGGAGGAAGACAGCCCAAUUGGGCUUCAGAGAAUUCACAUUGAGAUCGGCAAGGAUCAUAGAAUUUCCUACCCGGAACGUGGUGGUGGGUCCUCGCAUGGGAGUGGGGAGGCUCGCUCGGUUGAUCAGGUGUCGUUGGCAGCCCCCGAGGUUUCCCAUUUGGGUUGGGGCCACUGGUAUACCCUCAGAGAACUUGAGGACGCAACGAAUGGUUUUGCAGACGAGAAUGUGAUCGGCGAAGGCGGAUAUGGCAUUGUUUACCGUGGCGUCUUGGAUGACAAGAGCCAGGUUGCUGUUAAGAACUUGCUCAAUAACAGGGGACAAGCUGAGAGAGAGUUCAAGGUUGAAGUUGAAGCAAUUGGACGUGUUCGGCACAAGAAUUUAGUGAGGUUACUCGGUUAUUGUGUUGAAGGAGCUCAUAGGAUUCUUGUUUAUGAGUAUGUAGAUAAUGGUAACUUAGAACAGUGGCUCCAUGGAGACGUAGGCCCUUACAGUCCUCUUACUUGGGAAAUUCGUAUGAACAUAGUUCUUGGAACAGCAAAUGGUUUGACAUACCUUCAUGAGGGACUUGAACCCAAGGUUGUUCAUCGCGAUAUUAAGUCAAGCAAUAUUUUGCUCGACAAACAAUGGAACCCAAAGGUGUCUGAUUUCGGGCUUGCUAAGCUCUUGGGUUCGGAGAGGAGCUACGUCACAACCCGUGUGAUGGGAACAUUUGGGUAUGUAGCCCCUGAAUAUGCCAGUACAGGCAUGUUGAAUGAGAGAAGCGAUGUGUAUAGUUUUGGGAUUCUUUUAAUGGAGGUCAUUUCUGGGAGGAAUCCUGUUGAUUACAGUAGACCUCCAGGAGAGGUGAACUUGGUUGAGUGGCUGAGAACGAUGGUUGCUAAUCGAAAUUCUGAGGGAGUAUUGGAUCCUAAAAUACCUCAGAAACCUACUUCCAGGGAAUUGAAGCGAGCACUAUUAGUGGCAUUACGCUGUGUGGACUCAGACGCACAGAAAAGGCCAAAGAUGGGGCAUGUGAUACAUAUGCUCGAAGAUGAUUUCCACCUCCGAGAUGAUCGUCGAGCUGGGCGGGAUGCAGGAUAUGAACAUCGUGAUGGUGUCAAGGAAAGAGUGAUAGAGAAGCGAGUGACAGAAUGAGGUGAUAAUAGAGGUGGUACCCAGGUCAACAGGGCAAGGUGGACAAAGCAAGAAUGCCAAGAAGAAAGUAGAUGAACAGCAAGCAAGAAAGUAAAGUGGCAGAACUCAUUUGUCUGAUUCAGUCAAUACAGAUCCAGCCUGUGCGUAUACGAUAUACCAUUUACUUUGUAUAAGUUUCAUGAAUGCCAUUGUAUACAAUCUGUACCCCUGUAUCUUUCGACAAUAUCAUACUGGUUAUCAAUUGCUCUUUACUUUUUUUUGUAUCGUUGUAGCAUGAGCUAUAUUUUGUAUCUGGACGCUCCACUGUGUUUGGAUGUCAUUCUGGAAAGUUCAUUGCAUCUUCAUUGUU